AUGCUAGUGCCGGUUUUAAUCUCGAUUAUAUAUGCGUCUGCUCUGGUGGCGGGCGCAAACGACACUGACCCCGUUGCAGAAAGUGAGCAUCCAGUCGGGUGGCAGAGUAGUCCUGAACGACGGGGAACGUGGGACAUCAUCACGAGCUGCGCGAUAACCAUUUUCGCUUGCACUUGGAGCAUCCAGCAUUUAAAUGUCCGGGGGCCACCCUCACGAGACGGGACAAUGAAAACGCUGCUACGCAGUUGCAAAUGGAUGGUUAUCACGAUACUUUUUCCCGAAUUCAUCAUGGCUCAUGCUUUCUUCGAGCUGAAGAUGGCAGUUCAAGCCACAGAGCGGGUAAAGCGGGUCAGGGCGAUAGCCACGUACCCUUGGCUGAUUGAGGUGCUUUUCCAAAAUCGGGCUGGCAAUUACCAGAAGCGUCAGGACAACCAGCACGUUCCAAAGCAACACUACCCACCGAAACCCGAGUGGACACUCGAGCAUUCUUAUUUUGCAAACAUGGGCGGACUCUAUUAUGACGGGGGAGAGGGCGUUUGUUUCCCCUUGACUGCGUUUCAAUACGCCCAGCGAUCCGACUUUUUCGAAUUGCCCGACAUGACAAAGGAAGAAAUUAUGGACAAAGGCAAACAGGAUUUCUUCGCCAAGGGUCUUGCCGUGUUGCAGAUAUCACAAUUGGUCCUUUCCCUCAUUGUCCGACGAAUUCAACGACUACCCUUCUCCCAGCUAGAGACAUUCACACUAGGCCUUGCUGUUUGCGGAGUGGUAACUUACGUGCUCUAUUGGUACAAGCCUCAGGGUGUGGGCGUUCCAGUCCAAGUCAAAAAGAAAAGAGACUCCGAUACGGCCAAAUUCGAAAAAACUUAUGACAGCGCCUGGAAGGUCCUCAGAAACGACGAGUCAUCAAACCAGGUUCUGACCAGCCGAAUACCGAAUGAUAACAUUCCGAAAGGGACAUCUGCGCAUGAAGCCAUUCCAGUUUUAGCUGUCCUGUCAGCAGCAUUUGGUUGCCUGCACUUCAUCGCAUGGAACUUCGAGUUCCCAACAGCUGUCGAGCAGCUCCUGUGGAGGAUAGCGACUGUAUUGUCAAUUACCGUCCCAGUUCUCGGCCUGACCACCAUCCCCCUGGCGCAAAUCCCUGUCCAGACAGGCAACCCGCGCGAUUUUAUGCGUCAUUGCCUCUACAUGUUGCGGGAAUUGUCGUGGCAUUAUCCUGAUAAUGACAAGCAUAAGCGGGCUCUUGAAGCAAUCACCGAAUUGGAAAAUACUUACAAUAGCCCCGCCGGCAACACGCGGCGCCCCUAUAAAGAAAUUUUCCCUAGUCAAGAAAUUCAAAACAUUCUGAUCGACUUCAUUGAAAAUGAAGCGCCAUUCGAUGGCGAGGAUUCGCCAGAGCUUCCGAAAAACUUUAAGUCCCAGCUCAGACUUCUUAUUCAGCGCAUGCAUGACGAAGGGCCAAAGAACCUCAUCGAAAACGCCAAGACCGAUGUAUUUCCGCAGAGAAGUCUCCUUCCGAAGGGAGUUAACCUUGGCGUUCUCUACAUGACCAGCUUGUUCUACUGCAUCUCACGACUUACUAUCAUGGCACUAGCGCUAUCGAGCCUUCGGUCCAUGCCAGAUAAGGUAUAUGUAACGACAUGGACAAUGAACAUCCCGUCCGUGCAUUAG